AUGAACGACGAUAAUUUUAUGUCAAGUGGUUUUACUGAUCGAAUUGAUACUGCUCGUAUGAGAUAUCCUCAUUGUAUUGUUUGGACACCGAUUCCACUUCUUACAUGGCUUUUUCCGUUUAUUGGUCAUAUGGGUAUCGCACGUACUGAUGGAGUUAUUCGAGAUUUUGCAGGACCUUAUUACGUAUCAGAAGAUGAUAUGGCAUUUGGUCGACCAACAAGAUAUUUACAACUUGAUCUUAAUCGUAUUCCAACAACAUUAGGUACAAACAAUGUACAAAAUAUUUGGGACAAAGCUGUUGAACAAGCAUCCGAUGAAUAUAAAAAACGAAUGCAUAAUUUAUGUUGUGAUAAUUGUCAUUCACAUGUAGCUUUGGCAUUAAAUACAAUGAAUUAUAAUCGAAAAUAUUCUCAUAAUAUGAUUUCACUUUGUUUUUGGAUGUUUUUUCGUGGAAAAUUUGUCAGUUUUGUCGGACUUCUUCUUACUUGGUUGCCAUUUCUCAUACUAAUGUCUAUUAUUAUUGGUCUUACUUGUUUUGUUUUUGUUCCAAUUUGUCGUCAUUAUUCAAUUAUUGAUUCAAAUCAUAAAAAUAAUUCAAAUGAAGAAUCAUUUAUAUCAUUUCCUCAAGUUUCACCAUCAAAUAUAAUUGGUACACAUCCAAAUGAAGUUAUUACAAGUAUUAAUGCUGAUAAUGGUUAUCCUGUAAGACAAGAAAAUGGACAACGAAAAACUGGACCACCACCAGAUUGGCCAACAACUCGUCAUCCACCUGGUCGUGGUUGUGAAGUAUUUGUUGGUAAAUUACCUCGUGAUUGUUUUGAAUCUGAAUUAUUUCCAUUAUUUGAACGUUGUGGACAAAUUUAUGAAAUGCGUUUAAUGAUGGAUUUUUCAGGUUUUAAUCGUGGUUAUGCAUUUAUAACAUAUACAUGUCGUGAUAAUGCAAAACGUUCUGUUAAAGAAUUAAAUAAUUAUGAAAUUCGUCCUAGUCGUUUAAUAGGUGUAUGUCAAUCUGUUGAUAAUUGUCGAUUAUUUGUUGGUGGAAUACCAAAAACAAAAAAACGUGAAGAAAUUCUUGAUGAAAUGUGUAAAGUAACUGAAGGUGUUGUUGAUGUUAUUGUUUAUCCAAGUGCACAUGAUAAAACAAAAAAUCGUGGUUUUGCUUUUGUUGAAUAUGAAAGUCAUCGAUCAGCAGCUAUGGCUAGAAGAAAAUUAUUACCUGGAAAAAUUCAAUUAUGGGGACAUCAAAUUGCUGUUGAUUGGGCAGAACCUGAAACAGAAGUUGAUGAAGAUGUUAUGUCAACUGUUCGAGUACUUUAUGUUAGAAAUUUAAUGAUGAAUACAACAGAAGAACAAAUUAAAGAAAUUUUUCAACGUUUUAAAUCAAAUUCUGUUGAACGUGUUAAAAAAUUAAAAGAUUAUGCAUUUGUUCAUUUUAAAGAACGUGAUGAUGCUUUACAUGCAAUGAAUCUUAUGAAUGGUCGAGAAAUUGAUGGUUCAAUUGUUGAAGUUACAUUAGCAAAACCAGUUGAUAAAAAUCAAUAUUUUAGAUUUACACGUGGUGUUAGUCCAUCGACUAUUGCUACGAAUUUACCAUUUGGUUUACCAGCUGGUGCUGUUGGUCCCGGGACAACAACAUUCGAUUUUACACCACAUUUAACAGCUAUUCCAUAUAUAACAAUUCCAAGUACAUCAUUAGCUACACCAGUAACUAAUGGAACACCAGUUAUGUCAUCUGCUGUCAAUGUUCUCCAACAAAAAAAUAUUCGUCGAUGUAUAAAUGCUACCGGUCGUUUAUCAACAAAUGGUAAUACAAGUCCUCCAACAAUAAAUCGAAAUGUACCUUCAGCACCUACCGGUGUUCUAUCAACAUCUUCUCGUCCAAGUCAACCACCUCCAACUGUUGUUCAUCAUCGUGGUGCUUAUUAUACAAUUCUUCGACCAACGUCACGUCGAACAGACGAGAAAUGUCUCGAAGAUCUCUACAAAGAGACAUACGAUGCGCUGUACGGCUCUGCUGCUAGUACCACCGCUCCAUCGAUAAUGAUGAUCGAUUCCAAUCAUUCUCAGUUUAUUUUACCAGAACAACAAACUCUGCAGCAGCAGCCGAAUCAGCCUGAAGAGAUUCCAUUUGCUCCAACAGCAUUUGGUUUUCAUCCUGGUGGUCCAAUAUUUCAACCAGCAACACUUUUACCACAUCCAUUAGUUGCUGCACAUCCAGCUGGUAAUCCACAAUUUGCUCAACAACCAUUAGUUUUUACAACAACAAAUAAUCCUGGUCAAGCUCAACAAUAUUUUCAUGCACAUCCACAAGGAAAUUUUCCAUUUCCAUUUAUUCUUACACCACCAUUAACAUCAAUUCCACAAUUAUCAUCAACACCAACUAGUCCAGAAUCACCAUUAUUUACCUAUGCAACACCAACAUCAACGGCUACAUCGAUUACAACUUCGGAUGGUACCACUUAUUCAGCUUGA